CAGUUUUUAUUCAACAUGCACAUUUAUCAGUUCUGUUUUUGUUUCAGGAUCCAGCAGCAGAGACCAGACUCUCCUGAACCCAGCUGUCUGUCUUUAAAGAGCGACCGGUCGAAGGGCUGGCUCAUUCACUUUAAAGGGCGACGUCCAUCAGCUGAUCAGAUAGUGGACCAGGAGAGCUCAGAGGUUCCCAGGUCUCAGUCUGCCCAGCAGCAUCAAACACAGCUGGACUCCAUAUUUAUGCUGCUGGAGGAGAACAUGGUCACUUUUGUGAAGAACGAGCUGAAGAAGAUGCACAAGCUUCUGAGUCCAGAUUACCCAGAAUGCUCAGGGAGUCAGAGGGAGGAUGAGGAGGUGUUGGACGGUGAGGAUGAAGAGCAGAGGAGGAGCAGAGAGGCAUUUGUGAAGAUCACAGUGAACUUCCUGAGGAGAAUGAAGCAGGAGGAGCUGGCUGACUGUCUGCAGAGCAAAUCUCCUGCAAUGUGCCGACCUAGACUAAAAUCUAACCUGAAGAAGAAGUUCCAGUUUGUGUUUGAGGGGAUCUCUAAAGCAGGAAACCCGACCCUUCUGAACCAGAUCUACACAGAGCUCUACAUCACAGAGGGAGGGACUGGAGAGGUCAAUGAUCAACAUGAGGUCAGACAGAUUGAAACAACAUCCAGGAAACCAGACAGACCAGAAACAACCAUCAGACAAGAAGACAUCUUUAAAGCCUCACCUGGAAGAGACGGACCAAUCAGAACAGUGAUGACAAAGGGAGUGGCUGGCAUUGGGAAAACAGUCUUAACACAGAAGUUCACUCUGGACUGGGCUGAAGACAAAGCCAACCAGGACAUACAGUUCACAUUUCCAUUCACCUUCAGAGAGCUGAAUGUGCUGAAAGAGAGAAAGUUCAGCUUGGUGGAACUUGUUCAUCACUUCUUUACUGAAACCAAAGAAGCAGGAAUCUGCAGGUUCGAUCAGUUCCAGGUCGUGUUCAUCUUUGACGGUCUGGAUGAGUGUCGACUUCCUCUGGACUUCCACAACACUGAGAUCCUGACCGAUGUUACAGAGUCCACCUCAGUGGACGUGCUGCUGACAAACCUCAUCAGGGGGAAACUGCUUCCCUCUGCUCGCCUCUGGAUAACCGCACGACCUGCAGCAGCCAAUCAGAUCCCUCCUGAGUGUGUUGACGUGGUGACAGAGGUCAGAGGGUUCACUGACCCACAGAAGGAGGAGUACUUCAGGAAGCGGAUCAGAGAGGAGGAGCAGGCCAGCAGGAUCAUCUCCCACAUCAAGACAUCACGAAGCCUCCACAUCAUGUGCCACAUCCCAGUCUUCUGCUGGAUCACUGCGACAGUUCUGGAGGAGGUGUUGAAAACCAGAAGGAGAGGAGAGCUGCCCAAGACCCUGACUCAGAUGUACAUCCACUUCCUGGUGGUUCAGUCCAAACUGAAGAAGGUCAAGUAUGAUGGAGGAUCUGAGACAGAUCCACACUGGAGUCCAGAGAACAGGAAGAUGAUUGAGUCUCUGGGAAAACUGGCGUUUGAGCAGCUGCAGAAAGGAAACCUGAUCUUCUAUGAAUCAGACCUGACAGAGUGUGGCAUCGAUAUCAGAGCAGCCUCAGUGUACUCGGGAGUGUUCACACAGAUCUUUAAAGAGGAGAGAGGCCUGUACCAGGACAAGGUGUUCUGCUUCAUCCAUCUGAGUGUUCAGGAGUUUCUGGCUGCUCUUCAUGUCCAUCUGACCUUCAUCAAGUCUGGACUCAAUCUGAUGUCGGAAGAACAAUCAACCUCCAAGAAGUCUGAACCAAGACGAGACGAAUCUGCAGAGACAAACUUCUAUCAGAGAGCUGUGGACGAGGCCUUACAGAGUCCAAAUGGACACCUGGACUUGUUCCUCCGCUUCCUCCUGGGUCUUUCACUGCAGACCAAUCAGACUCUCCUACGAGGUCUGAUGUCACAGACAGGAAGUGACUCACAGACCAAUCAGGAAACAGUCCAGUACAUCAAGAAGAAGAUCGAAGAGACUCCCUCUGCAGAGAAAAGCAUCAACCUGUUCCACUGUCUGAAUGAACUGAAUGAUCGUUCUCUAGUGGAGCAGAUCCAACAGUCCCUGAGAUCAGGAAGUCUCUCCACAGAUGAACUGUCUCCUGCUCAAUGGUCAGCUCUGGUCUUCAUCUUACUGUCCUCAGAAGAACAUCUGGACGUGUUUGACCUGAAGAAAUACUCUGCUUCAGAGGAGGCUCUUCUGAAGCUGCUUCCAGUGGUCAAAGCCUCUAACAAAGCUGUGUAA